AAUUGAUCCGUCGAUGCGCAGCCUGCCGCUUGUUGUUUACCUGUAUCACUACUAAAUUAUGUCAGACAAAACGGAGGUUAAUCUGACUGGAGUCAAACAAAGUAAAGGCGUGUGGCUUGUAAAGGUUCCCAAGUAUUUAUCUCACCAAUGGGACAAGGCCACCGAGAAGGGCGAGGUCGGAACCCUUACCAUUGGAAAGGAGCAAGGCAAAACAGAGGUACAUUUCAGCCUGAAUGAGGAGCUGACUGCCCUGGGCGCUCUGGGGGAGAAGGAUGCAUCACUGCAGGUCCCGAGGGAUCAUCCCUUCACUAUGAACACAGUGGGUGGACAGACCAUGGCCGUCUUCAGCCACAGCGAGGCAGGUUGCAGGUGUUGAAGAGGAUGCAAUCACCGGCGUGGAUUUCGAGGUGGAUGUCUAUACGUGGAGCAGAAGGAACUUGUCGUGAAUCACAUUGAUAUGAAUUAUGAGAAACAGGAAAACAUUAAAACUAAUUUCCUCAUUAAGCAGCUGAGCAGUCAGUAAAACAAGGUACAGGCAAACGGAGGAUCGCAUCAAUUAGAUUAUUUCUGUUGGCAGCAGAGCACGUAGCAAAGUAGACGUCACAAUACGCUUGGUGGUAGAAGAAAUACACUGGGAUGCUUUUGUUUUGGUAGAUGUCUAUAAUGACUCAUUUUGCUAUGGAUGUCGUGUAAAGAAAGAGAAAGAAAAUAAAGGUUCACCUUGUGUA